ACUUACCGACCUCAAUCAUGGAAUUGAAAGCCAUCGGUGUACUAAUGACCUACCCCAUGUCUUCUUACCUCGAACAAGAACUCGAUAAGCGCUUCAAUCUCUUCCGCCUUUGGAAUCUCACUCAGAAAAACGAUUUCUUCAAGGAGAACUCCGGUUCCAUUCGGGCCGUCGUCGGAAACACCAACGUCGGUGCCGACCGCGAAUUGAUUGACUCGUUACCGGCUCUGGAGAUUGUAUCCAGUUUUAGCGUAGGCUUAGACAAGGUGAAUUUAGUGCAUUGUAAGGAUAAAGGAAUUAGGGUUACUAAUACACCCGAUGUGUUGACCGAAGAUGUGGCCGAUUUGGCGAUUGCAUUGAUGUUGGCAACGUUGAGAGGGAUUUGUGAGUGCGAUCGUUAUGUUAGAGGUGGAUUAUGGAAGAAAGGCGACUUCAAAUUGACUACUAAGUUCAGUGGCAAGAAGGUGGGAAUCAUAGGUCUAGGCAGAAUAGGUACAGCAAUUGCAAAGAGGGCUGAAGCAUUCAACUGUCCAAUAAGUUACUAUUCCAGAUCACAAAAACCAGAAUCAAAUUACAAAUACUUUCCCAGUGUAGUUGAAUUAGCUUCCGACUGUGACAUCCUUGUUGUGGCGUGUGCACUAACAGAAGAAACUCGCCACAUCAUCAACCGCCAAGUCAUCGAUGCGCUGGGUCCCAAGGGUUUUCUCAUCAACAUUGGGAGGGGCCCACACAUUGAUGAACAUGAACUGGUAUCCGCCCUUGUUGAAAGGCGGAUAGCAGGUGCAGGUCUUGAUGUGUUUGAGAAGGAACCCCAUGUCCCUGAAGAACUUUUUGGUCUUGAUAAUGUUGUCCUUGUGCCACAUAUUGGGAGUGAUACUGUUGAGACUGUAAAAGCCAUGGCUGAUCUUGUGGUAGGGAACCUAGAGGCUCAUUUUUCCAAGAAGCCAUUGUUAACUCCAGUGUUUAUUGAUUAGAAAGCUACACCUAGGAUCUCACACAACUUUCAAUGAUUUUCAUCUGUUAUGUAGUUAAACUGCAUUUUUAAGUUUAAGAGAUGAAAUUGUAAUCUCUGUGGGAUUCGCACAUCUACAUGGAUCAUCAAUGUCUUACCAUGUCUUUGAGAGGUUGUUUAUUAUUCGUUUUUCUUAAAUCGGUGCUAUAUGAUUUGUUCUUAUGCAUCCUUGAGAAUUGAGAUUGUAUAUUUAGUACCAACAAAUUCAACAAUUUGAUCGCUAGUACAUAGCUUUUGCAUGUGAUUGAAGUCUAUAUGACCAUGUAUUGACAUGUGCAUGCGUUUUAUGUGAUUUUAGUGCAUCGGUGAAUGAGUUAUUGCUUACAUUCGUGGGAAGGAGAUCUACGAUUAGGGUUGGAUGAAAAGCAAUGGUAAUAGAUCGGAAUGCUAGCACAAAGAUGUAAGAUUAGGAGUGGAGAAUAAAAGGAGUUGAUAUUGAUAAAGGAAAGCGUCCACCUAAAAUUAAUUGGUGCUGAUAGCAAAAUGGUAUGAACCAUAACUUUAAGGGUUAUGGACAUAAAAACACAUUAAAGAAGAAGUGACAACACUUUAGCAGCGGUUGCAUUAUAGAAGCGAUUGGAGGCACACUGCUUGGUAUCGGUAAAAAAAAAAUCACGUAACAAGAGUCGAUGGAAAAAAAUCACGUUGAUAGGCUCGAAUAGCAUGGCCCUAUUCACUACAUCUUCGAUCAUCCACAUCCAUUGAGCCAUUGUUAACUGACACUCACCAAGUCGGACGCUAUUACCACAUAUCAGAACCACAACAACCCCGUCUCUAUCAUCAUCUCAUUUGCGACCUGUUACUAGUGAAAGAAAGGGAAGAAGAUGGGGCAAUUUUUUAGACCUGUGAUCAAAAGAGAGAAAAGGGAAAUUCGCACCUGUUCAACGAUCGAGGAAAGAGUGUGGUUGUUUUUGGUUUUGGUUUUGUUUCUAUCGGGAAGUACACAAAGGCAAAGAGAGAGAUGCAAGAGUAGGAUUCCAUUGGAUCAAAGAAAAAGGGGUGGGUUACUUUUUGUUGGUAUUUUAUUACACAUCAACAUUCAAAAACCUAAUGACUUUGAUCAAAAUGAUGUUUUGGAUGGGUAAAUUUGUAAUAUGUAACCGGGAAACCUACUAACUUUGAUCAAAAUGAGGUUUUAGAUAGGUAAAUUUUGAGUUUAAUGGUC